AUGUUCUGGCUGUGUGGAGGGAUCACUUUUCUUUUUAUAUGUCAUGGAGCUGCUCUUCUCCCACCUUGUGACAGCUGACCAACUCCCUCCUUCAGCUCUCUCUCGGUUGCUCAAUCUCACAGGCCUGGGUGACUAUCUAUGUCAUCAGCUGGCACAUUUGGCAGUGGAUGUUACAGCUCUGUUGGAAUGUCUCUGCUCUUCACCUGAACCCUCAGGGUUUCCUUAUCCUCCUGCUUAUCGUAUCAUUCCAUUGGUGACCUUUGUUCAUGCAUCUACUCAAACUGAGGCUCAACUGUUUCCCAUAACCUCUGUGGAGAGCCCGUUUAUUCUUUCCUCUGAUGAUUAUAGUAGAUGUGCUGCAAACACACCACCAUGUUGCCUUUCACCUACUGAUAAUUCUCUGGCAAGUUCUGUUCCCACCCCAGUGUAUAAUGUAUAUGAUAGUGAUUCUCAAUAAACUACAUACUCUGUUACCCUUGUAUUUUCCUGUGUCUUAAAUUUAUUAUCACAAGACACUAACAAUUUACAGAAAGUAUGCAAUUAAGGUCACAGUUACAAUAUCUUAGGACACUAAAGAGACCUUUCUACUGACUCUGAAAAACACCAGAAGAAAAAUGCCUUGGGUGCUUGCUCAUCUGCAUGAACAUGCCUUAAGCCUGCUGCAGGGAGGCAUGAGGACUGCAAAUAUGGUCAGAGCAAUAAACUGUUAAAAAGCACUAACUUGACAGCACUGAUUGAGGAAAAAGCCAUAGAUAUUUUUUAUGAUCCCGACCUUGAAUAUGUGUGUGUACAGACUGCUGUACUUCGUUGAUAUCUGUGUUUAUGCAUGUGAUUCUGAUAGUAAGAUCUACUGCACGGGAGAGCUGUUAAGACAGAUACAGAUGGCCAAACUGUUUGGUGACAAUAAGGCCUUUGUGGAUAUGAAAUUGACUGCAGCACCUGAUAUUGUUUUAGGUGCCUUCUCCAACCUAACACAAAGGUUUCGAUAUGGGACAGUUCCUCCUUCAGAUCUACGAGUGUUUGUGAAUACGUACUUUGUGAAUAGCGGGAAAGAGUUUGAGCAGUGGAGUCCUCCAGACUGGCAUGACAAGCCAAAAUUGCUGUCCAAGAUAUCUGACCCAAAACUUCGCAGCUGGGCUGAGGAGUUGCACAGUUUGUGGAAAUCACUUGGCCGAAAGAUCAGUAUUGAUGUGAGAGACAGUCCUCAAAUGUAUUCUAUGAUAUACUGUCCAUAUCCAGGCAUAGUACCAGGCGGACGCUUCAAUGAGUUUUACUACUGGGAUUCAUAUUGGGUGCUAAAUGGUCUCAUAUUAUCUGAGAUGAUGGAAACAGCCAGAGGAAUGAUCCAAAACUUCCUACACAUGGUGGACAGGUAUGGUUUUGUUCCAAAUGGAGGGAGAAUUUACUAUGAGAGACGCAGCCAGCCACCCUUCCUACCGCUAAUGGUGGAGAGUUACUAUGAGGCCACUGAGGAUGUAGACUUUCUCAAGAAGGCUUUACCAAUGUUGGAAAAUGAGUACAAUUUUUGGAUGAAGAACCGCUCCAUUGUUGUGGAAGUGAAUAGUGUCAAGCAUGUCAUGAAUCGUUAUUAUGUACAAGUUGGCCAGCCCAGGCCAGAAUCUUAUACACAUGAUGCAGAGCUGGCAGAGGGCUUACCUGCAGAGGCUCAGGAGAAGCUGUGGACAGAACUGAAAGCAGCAGCUGAGUCUGGUUGGGAUUUUUCCUCGCGCUGGUACAUUAACAACUUGGGCCAAAACAGUGGCUCAUUUAGGGACACUAGGACCAGCUCCAUUGUGCCUGUCGACCUCAAUGCUCUCAUUUGUCGCAAUGAGCGUGUCCUGGCCACCUUCCACAGGAUUCUUGGUGAUGAAGAAAGGGCACUUAAAUAUGACAAUGCAGUCUCUUUCAGGCUGAAGGCUAUAGAGAGUGUUUUAUGGGAUGCAAAGAAAGGAGCAUGGUUUGAUUAUAACUUGUUGAGUAGGACCAAGAAUUCAGCCUUCUAUACGACUAACCUAAGUCCUCUCUGGGCAAGGUGUUAUUCUCAACCUGAGAUGGGACAGCAGGCACUACAGUAUCUCAGAGGGAGUGGUGCUCUGGACUACCCCAAUGGUGUUCCUACCUCUCUUAGUCAGAGUGGCCAACAAUGGGACAUGCCUAAUGCCUGGCCUCCACUCCAGCACAUGCUUAUAGAGGGUCUGUCAGAGCUUGACUCAGUAGAUGCCAAAGAUCUUGCCUUUGAUUUGGCCCAACAGUGGAUUCAAACAAACUGGCUGGCUUAUGUUAAAUAUGAUGCCAUGUUUGAAAAGUAUGAUGUCAGUGGAGAUAACAAACCUGGAGGAGGUGGUGAAUAUGAAGUUCAGCUGGGAUUUGGAUGGACCAAUGGUGUUGCUCUACAGCUGCUGGACCAGUAUGGGAAUAAGCUGAGCUCUGCGGGAAGUGUCCUAGGGUCUGGUCUUCAGAUUGGACUAAUUUACACAAUUGCAAAUGUCAUAUUUUACCAUGCACCAUUCUGAUAGUUAUAUGUGGCAAAAGGACUUCUUGUAUAUUUGAAUUUUAGAAUUCCAUUGUAGUCAGUAUGCUUGUUUAUUCUGCUUGUUUUGAAUAGUCAUUACAAUACCUAUAUUGCGCUAUAGGACUGUAUGACUAUAAACAGUUAUGACUACAAAUACAGAGAUCACAAUAAGUAAAAAUCAAUGUAGAUUUUAGCACCAUUCAGUUGUAUGGCUUGUCAAUGUGUCUUAAAUUGUAAUUUAAAAAAAUAUAUUAUAUGUACAGUACAUGAUUGUGUAUACAUAAACAACAUAGUUGUAGAGCUAUAUAAGUAAACAUUUCCUUAGUUUUUAAUCAACAAAAGCAUUCAAUAAAAGUAAGAAAUAAUUAAGAGCAAAUUAUGAUCAUAGUUCCUCAUUAAUUCUUUCAGGAAGCAGAACAUGAUGGGAAUCAGCAAACAGGACAGCAUAGACAAAACAGAGUAACAAUGCAAACUUGAAACCAGAACAGCAAUCGCACAUCAACGGCUUAAUUAGUUCAUAUGCAAAUACAAACUAAGCGCUAUGCAAUGCGCAGUGAGUGAGAGUCCAUUUAAAAGUGUGCGUGUAAUUUGGAACAGGUGAAAGUAUUCAGAAGUCUGGGGAUUGAGAACAUAUUAGCAGUUAUGAGUUCUGGGAAGCAUAAUCCAGUGUGGCCAUGUCUGUAGGCUGCAGUGUGUUCUGGAAAACUGAGUUCAAGGAAGAAACUGACCUGACAAUGACCCUACUGACCCCCAACGCCCCCCCAAAAAAAGGGCUCCUAUAUCUCCUUCUGGGCCUUCCCCAUGUUUGUGGACCUGGACAGUGAGGGUGAUUGGCAUGGAACACCUAGCACAGGUUGGGGUCAAGGAUGUCAUGUGCCAGUACCCAGCAUUGUUCUUCUGGACCAUAACCCUCCUAGUUGAUAAGAUAUUCCAACUUGCCAUUUCUGUGAUGAGAGUUGAGAAUUGUUUUUACUAAGUAUGCUGGCUGGCCUUCAAUGUCGAGGGAAAGUGGAGGGGUGGCCAAAGGAGUGUUAGUGGCUAGGGUGCAGAUGGGUUUCAGGUGGGAAACAUAGAAUGAGGGAGCAGUGCAGCAGUGUCAUUGUAGGUUCAGUUUAUAUGUGACAUAAUUUAUUUGUUUUAGGAUUUUGAAUGGGCCGAUAUACCUGGGAUUUCUUGCAAGCUUGUAGAUGAUGGAAAUCUUUGGUGGCCCGCCAGACUCUGUCCCCGGCUUGCUUGUGGGGUUCUCUCCUCAGUGCCUGUCAGCAUUUUCUUCAUUAGAUUUGGCCACUUGUUCCAGGUGCUGAUGAGUACUUUCCCACAUCUGUUCACUUCUCCAAAACCACUGAUGAAUUGGUCGGGUUAGCAUUCCACGCACACUGGAAUGAGGUGUGCUGGGUGGCUGAGUGUCACAAGGAGUUUUGGGAAUACUUGGCCCAUGGCAGAAACUGGGCCCAAUUCUCCUGGUUUUUGGAUUAGAAGGUUCUUAAAAAGUGGCCGAUCUCCU